AUGGGCGACGUCCCAAGGGAUAAAUGGGCCGCAAGAAGGCUGAAAGCUCGCAGCGCCUACUAUAUCACACUUGAUGGAAACCUAUUCAGAAGAAGUACGUCGAAUAUGCUGAUGAAUUUGUUCAGACCAGUGGAAGCUAAGCGCGUGAUGGCAGAAACCCACAAAGGCGCUAAAGGAAAUCAUUCCCGAGGUUGGGCCUUGGCACUGAAGAUAAAGAAGCACAUGAUCUUCUGGCCGACCAUGAUCAAUCCUUGCGAGCAAUAUGUCUUACGCUGCAAGCAAUGCCAGAGGCAUGCGCCGAUCAGCUACCGACCUUCCGAGCUCUUAUCAUCAUCCGCGACUUCGUAUCCGUUCAUGAGAUGGACCAUGGAUAUCAUCGGGCCUAUUCCUCCAUCAAUGCAGAAAAUAUUCGUCCUGGUUAUGACCGACUACUUCACGAAGUGGGCAGAAGCAGAGUCUUAUGCAACGAUCCGCGAUCACGAUGUUCAGAAGUUCAUAUGGAAGAAUAUCAUUUGCAGGUAUGGUCUCCCCUACAAGAUCGUCACAGGAAAUGGAUCGCAGUUCAUCUCAAACAAGUUCAAAGAAUUAUGUGCUCGGUGGAAGAUCAGACUGAACAAGUCGACUUUGCGCUAUCCGCAAAGAAACGGCCAAGCCGAAACAACGAACGAAAGGAUCAUUGCCGGACUCAAGAAGAGACUCGACAACAAGAAAGGAAAAUGGGCUGACGAGCUGGAUGGCUUGCUCUGGUCGUACAGAACGACACCAAGGAUAUCGACGAGCAGAAUCUCCUUCUCUUUAUCCCACGGAAUGGAAGCCAUGUCACCCGACAAGGUCGGCAUCGAAGGUCUGCGCCAAACAGCCCUCCCGGACAACAGAAACAUGAUCCACGACCAACUUGAUCAGCUCGAAGAAGAAAAAGACCGAGCUCUCUUAAGAUUACAAAACUACCAGCAAGCCGCGGCCAAGUAUUACAACAAGGCUGUGAGGAGAAACAACUACGUGGAAGAAGACCUAGUCUUGAGGAAAACCUACAAAGAUACCAAGGAAGAAAACGUGGGAAAGCUCGGAGCCAUCUGGGAAGACCCCUACAUCGUCUCAAAGAUCGUCAGAAGAGGUGUCUACGAGCUCGUCACAAUGGCCGGAGAAGCAGUUUUCCGACUAUGGAACGGAACCAGCCUCAAACGGUUCUACUACUGA